AUUUGAUAGCUUUACAUGACUUUGAUUGAGCUGAUCCAUAUGUCGGUUGAUUAUAUUAGCAUUUUAAAACUGUGGAAAUUGAUCAUAUUGGUUCGUUUUCUGGUAUGAUUUUUUUCGUGUGAGAUGCAAUGUCUGGAAAAUGGGGGUUUUUUGGCUAUGAUUUUGCUACUGUUUUGUUGUGUGAUAGUGAUGGCGAUCUGUUGUUUCUGUACAGUUUGAACUGAAAAUGGUGGCGAGUUUUACUCGUGUGGACACGCUCGAGCUGAAAGAUGUUAUCUAUCAGAAGAUUGGACACGAAAGAGCGGAUAAGUACUUUGAUCAGCUGAAGAGAUUUUUAAGUUUGAAGCUUAGCAAAGUCGAGUUUAACAGGAGCUGCGUGCAGACGAUUGGGAGGGAGAACGUUUGUCUUCACAACAGGCUUAUCCGAUCCAUUGCCCAAAACGCGUGUCAAGCUAGGAUCCCACCUCAGAAAGCUCGAAAAAUUGAAGGAAUGAGUGUCAAGGUUGCAAAUGGUUACCAGAGGAACAGUCUGCAAUCGUUGUAUGGUGAUGCUUUCCCCCACUCGCCUCGCAAAUGUAGAUCUCCUGUCAGCAGAGAUCGCAAGUUGAGGGAUCGCCCAAGCCCUCUGGGCCCGCUGGGUAGGAGCCCUAGUCUCACGUGUGAAGAGACAGUCACGAGGACUCAAGAACAGCAGAGUGGAACAGAGUUGCAAUCCCUCUGCAGCAGACCUCCAGUCAAUGUCGUUUCAGUGGAAGACGGGGAGGAGGUUGAGCAAUGUGCUGAAAGCCCCGAUGGUGGGAGGUGGUGGAGCAAUGUCACUGCUCCUUUUGGCGUCUCAGUUGGUCCGCGUGAGGCUGCUGGUUGUAGCUAUAAGGACGGUGAGGCUUGUGAAAAUCGGGGGGAGUUGCCUGAUACUGUGUCUUUAAGGAGACGUUUGCAGAAGAGGCUGGCAUCGGAGGGAGUCGGGAUCUCUCUGGAAUGUGCAGACGUGAUAAACAACAGCUUGAAUGUAUUCUUGAAGCGAAUAAUCGAGCCAUGUGUGUCGAUUGCUUCAAACAAGGCAGCUAUGUCUGGUAGAUCUAAGAAUGUGAGUAGUGUGCUGGAUUUCCGGGUUGCGAUGGAAUCAAACCCUCGUCUGCUCGGGCCGGAUUGGCCCGUCCAGCUCGAGAAGAUCUGCCACCACGCCUCCAAGGAGUAAAAACUCCAGUUUUGAAAAUGGUGGUUGCAGAGAAGAGUGAGGUUUGAUGAGGAUGCAAAGCUAAAGUAUGUUUGUUACUGGCUUCAUAUACAGAUAGGUUCUAACAGCAUUGAUCAUUAGUCACUAGAGUUUGUAGUAUAUAAUUUUUUUGGAGUUGUUGCUUGUAAUUUGUAUAUAUAUUUUUUAUAAUGAAAAAAGCCUCCAUUUGUGCUGUUGUUAUU